AUAGAAGCUUCACCCUUAUCAUCUCCGUGGUCCUCGUUUCUCUUCUUGGUGAGUGAUGAUGCUGUUUUCACCAUGCCUCGUGAUCGCUAUAAGGAACGUCUUCGUCAAGCUGACUUAAUUCAUCAUCAUGGUUUUCCAGUUGAUCCUCCUUGUCAUUAUUGUGAACGUAAAAAUCAAUCGUGUAUAAUGGAUUCAAAGAGUCGAAAUUGCGCUGCUUGCACUCGUCGUGGUCGGAAAUGCGAAAAACGAUUUCAUAGCGAUAAAGAGUGGAAUGAUCUUUUGAAAGCCGAACAAAAGAUCGAUUCAGACCUUCUGAAAAUUUCUGAGGAGUUGGCUCGCCUUCAUGCCAAACAAGUCCGUUUAUUGAAGCAGAAACGUCUUUUGCGAGAACGGGGUUCUAAGAUGUUGGAACAUGAUUCCUUGGUGAUGGAACAAUUAGAUGAAGAAGAUCCUCUCGGCAUUCCUCCCGAUUCUCCUAUCGAGAGUGAACAAAAUCUCGCAGCGUUGUCCGAAGUUCCUAAUCUGACUGAGAGUCAGAUAAAUGAGAUUCUUCGCUGGUCUCCGAAUCCAUCUGAGCUUGUUGCUGUCGGUGGAAUUCUCGAAUCUUCUCACGGCAAUUCGUCAAGUUCUUAA